CGUCCUCGCCGCCAUAUUGGCACUUUGUUGUUGAAGCGGGCUCGUGAAGGCAGAGGCGUGUGCGCUUGUUUUGAAGCAAAGGGCGCGGACGACUGGCGGGAACACAACCAGCCCAGGAGGGGUUCGGAACCGGCCAUGGACUCAGAACUGGACCCGACUCAGGCGGAGAGCGAGCGCGGGGAUGUGGAGUCUCGCAUCCCGGCUGCGUGCUCGUCGAACGGUAGUGGCGGAGAGGACGACGAGGUGGAGGCUGAGGCUCUUGUUCGGGAAGCGGGCGGAUCCAGUAGUCAACACACUCCGGACCGGACCGGGAUGCUCGGCAGGGAGCAGGAGGUGUCGGUGGAAAUCGGAGGGACUUAUUUGUGUCAACGCGCUGAUAAAACAUGGCACGCAGCAGAAGUCAUUCAGUCUCGACUAAACGAGCAGGAAGGAAGAGAAGAGUUCUACGUUCACUACGUAGGAUUCAACAGACGUCUGGACGAGUGGGUGGGCAAAGCCCGCUUGGCGCUCACCAAGACGGUGAAGGACGCCGUGAGGAAGAGUGUGGAGGUCGGCGGCGUCGGUGACCUUGGCGAACAACCCGAACGCAAGAUCACACGCAACCAGAAGCGCAAACACGAUGAGAUCAACCACGUGCAGAAGACGUAUGCCGAGAUGGACCCGACCACCGCUGCCCUGGAGAAGGAACACGAGGCAAUCACCAAGGUCAAAUACGUGGACAAGAUCCAGAUUGGAAACUUUGAGAUCGAUGCUUGGUACUUCUCGCCCUUCCCUGAAGACUAUGGCAAGCAGCCCAAACUUUGGAUCUGCGAGUACUGUCUCAAGUACAUGAAGUACGAGAAGACCUUCAGACACCACCUGUCCCACUGCCAGUGGAAGCAGCCUCCAGGCAAGGAGAUCUACAGGAGAAGCAACAUCUCCGUGUACGAGGUGGACGGACGCGACCACAAGAUCUACUGUCAGAACUUGUGCCUGCUGGCAAAGCUCUUCCUGGACCACAAGACGCUCUACUUUGACGUGGAGCCCUUCAUAUUCUACAUCCUCACGGAGGUCAACAAGCAAGGGGCGCACAUCGUGGGUUACUUCUCCAAAGAGAAAGAGUCUCCGGACGGGAACAACGUGGCGUGUAUUCUCACGCUGCCGCCUUACCAACGCCGCGGCUACGGGAAGUUCCUCAUCGCCUUCAGCUAUGAGCUGUCCAAGCUGGAGAGUGCGGUGGGUUCUCCUGAGAAGCCUCUGUCUGAUCUGGGCAAGCUGAGCUACAGAAGCUACUGGUCCUGGGUUCUUCUGGAGAUACUACGAGAUUUCAGAGGAACGCUUUCCAUCAAAGACCUCAGCCAGAUGACCAGCAUCACGCAGAGUGACAUCAUCAGCACGCUGCAGUCGCUCAACAUGGUCAAGUACUGGAAAGGUCAGCACGUCAUCUGCGUAACGCCCAAACUGGUGGAGGAGCACCUCAAGAGCGCCCAGUACAAGAAGCCACCAAUCACAGUGGACACCGUGUGCCUGAAGUGGGCGCCUCCCAAAAACAAACAGGCCAAGUUGUCCAAGAAGUGAGGGGCGGAGCCACAGACAUGACAUCACUUCCUCCCACGUGUAAAUAAGUUCAGUCACUAUUUUCUUAAAUAAAUACAUUUGGUUUUAAACAAAAAACAAGGUGUCAUUGAUGUGCAGACAUUAAGGAGAUUCUCUUUAUUCCAAAAUGUUGUUGGAACACAAAGGCACCAUCAGAACACAUGAAGACUUGUUCAUGAAUAGAAAUAUCAUAUCUAGAAUCAACCAGUCCGCUCAUCUCCACGCUGACGAGCAGCACUGGAGAGAAAAGUCCAACAAUAAAAAGGACAUUUGGCACCUCCAAGGACAAUACAAACUAUUACAUUCUGUGAAAUGAACAUUGUCAACAUGUAUUAUAUUCAUUUACGAGCGCAAACAUAUUUAACCCAUAAGAAUCCAUUUCAGGUCAAAUGCAAAGUGGAUAGACCACAUAUUUAUGACGUUUUUGGUCAAAUACUACUAAUUGGUGUGAAAGAUGUGAGGUUACAUACAAGUUACACCCUUCAUGAUAAAUGUAUGCUAUUGACUGUCUUACUAGUAUUUUUGCUAGUGUGACAAAUGCGUCACGUCUUUUCUUUCCAUAGCAACGUGAAGGCUAAUACCUCGAUAGUGAUAUUUUCCUAGCUUGUUUUCUAUGAAUAUAUGGAAGACAUAUAGCAAGAAGAGUUUAAUUGUAAUAUUUGACUCCCUGUUAAUGCGUCAUAAUUGUUAAAUUGGUGUAAAAUGAGCUUUCAUGGUUAAAAAAAAGAAACGUUUUGGAAAUGAGCUAGCUUACUUGACACGCUGCCAUUUUAGGGACGCCUAUCCUGGGCUAGUCACAUGAAAGCCACUCCCAAAUGUUUCCUAUACCUCACUUAGUGACUUGAUGUAUACGGCAUAAUUUAGAACAUUUAAAUUCUUAUGAGUUAAAUAUGACACAGUGUUCAUCUUUCAUUCACAACAUGUACUUUUAAGGUCAUAUUCAGUGUGUUCGUGAUGGUAAUAAGCUUCACGCCAAGGCAGUAUCGUUAGUCAAAUAGGACAAUAAAUACUUCAUCAAUAACUACAAAGUCAAGGUAAUGAGAUCAAUAAAUAAGUGGACUCAUAACUUAUUUGUCAAGUUAAAACCUCAUCAAUGAGGCAACACUUGGACGCGUCCACGCGAGACACAUCCGGCAUGAAAACAAUAACAGGAACACUUCCACCCACAUGCCACCAGGCGGCGCCAUCGGACUUAAGACCCUUAAGAAGCGUCUCUGACAGCAGACCGUUUCACAAUCAAUAAAAUUCAUCUUCAGCUUCACACAAUAAAACAUUUCACCUCACACAUUUUCAAAAUUAAAACACAGUCCUUCUCA